AUGGCAAUUGCAGCUACUACUUCUCUUCCCUUCGGUUCUUCUCAUUGCCAUUCGUGCCAUGCAGAAAGGGUUUGUUGUUCUACAACACAUGGGAUCUCAAACAGUUGGAUGAAACCUCCUUCUGAUGGUCGAAGAGCCCUUGAUCUUCCAGGCGUAAGUUUUAAUUGCAGGAAUCCUUUACGAUCAACCCAAUUCCACUGGCUGUCUAUUGGACAUGACCUUUGCCUUUCCAAAGUUUUGGUUGCUGCAGAUUACUCAGAUUCUGUUCCUGAUUCCUCUAGUUAUAUUACUGACCAAGGUUAUCAUCCUCUUGAAGAAGUGAAAGUCUGCAAAAUGGUCCGGGACACCAAACUCACUUCUGCUGAAAUAGCACGAACAACAGUUGAGGCGAACUGCAGUGCUUUGCUGGUGUUCCCGGGGAAGAUACACUGUGAACCACAUGAACAAAUUUCCUGGGCUGAUUUUGAAUAUGUUAUUGACGACUAUGGAGAUUUAUAUUUUGAAAUUUUUGAUGAUGCAAACUUGUUAGAGGAUCCUGCAGCAAGUAACCCUGUGAAUGCUUUGUUUGGGAUGGAUAUCCCUUUAUAUGAUGAUGGAAGAAUAGCUGGUGAGUUCAACAUCCUAGGUGGUGGAAAUAGUGAUGAAAUCCCUUUUGAUGAUGAUUAUCUCGAGGUUGUAGAAUCUGAAGUUUCUGAUGUUCUAGACUGGGGGUUGCCGGAUACUUCUAGCUCGAUUCAUCCUAUUUAUUUCGCGAAGUGCUUGACAAAGGUCAUCAACAUCGAAUACCAUAAAAAAAUGGAUCAUCCAUCAAAUGGCGUCUCUAUUUUAGGAUGCCUCAGACCUGCUUUUGCUGAUGAAGAAUUCUAUGUAAGAAGACUAUUUCAUUAUGAAGAUAGUGAUGGAUACAACUCGGACUGGAAAGAUGGAAAAAGUUUGAGCCUUAGUUCCAAAAGUGAUCGAAGCAAGACUUGCUCCACUCUCUACAGAAUUGUAGAUCGCUUCAAUGAAAGAGGUAUUAGGUGUGAUGUUGCUCUUAAAGCUUUAUGCAAAAGGAAAGGACUUCAUGUUGAGGGAGCUCAUUUGAUCGGGGUUGACAGUCUUGGAAUGGAUGUUAGAGUCUUCUCAGGGUUGGAAGUACAAACUCAUCGUUUUCCCUUCAAAGUCCGGGCUACAUCUGAAGUUGCAGCUGAAAAACAGAUUCAGCAACUUUUGUUCCCACGUUCUCGCCGUAAAAAUUGA